AUGAAUGCAUUUCUCCAUAUCUCCCUCCUCCUCUCUCUCAUGCUCAUCACCCCUCCCUCAAACCCUCUAACAUUCCGCAUCUCCCGCUUCUCAUCCUCGCCGUCCUCCCCCGUCGUCCUCGAGGGCGACGCCCAGGCCUCCGUCGGCGAGCUCGAGCUCAACUCCGUCAACUACCUCUGCCGAGUCGGCCAUGUCAUUUACAAACGCACGAUCCCGCUCUACGACAAAUUCUCCCACAAAAACGCCGACUUCACCACCCACUUCACCUUCACCCUCGACACCCAAAACCGCUCGAGGAGCCUCUCGUACCGUAUCAACCUCCGAGAGGUCCUUCCCCCGUUCGUCACCGUCGGAAUCACAGCCGCCACUGGACCGUACGUCGAGCGGCACACACUCCAGUCGUGGGAGUUCAGCUCGACGAGCCUUGAUAUUGUUGACGAGGAGAAGGAUAGAGAAGUAAACAGCAGGAUCGGGUUGGUUACCGGUUUAUCCCUGUCGGGAUUCGUCGUGAUCAUUUGCGUUUGUCUAAUUGCGAUCUGCGAGUCGUCAUCGGGGAAAAAGGUUGAGAUUGAAGUCAAAACAGAUGAAGAUAAUAAAAUUAAUUAUUCAGAUGAUACAGACAAUUUGAGAUCCAUCAGCGACCAUCUGGACCGGACGUGGCCGCGGAGAUUCUCGUACCAAGAGCUCUCGUCGGCUACACAGGAAUUUUCGGACGAGAAUAAGCUCGGAGAGGGAGGAUUUGGAGGCGUGUACAAGGGGCGUUUAUUUAGCUGGGAUUUAACAGUGGCUGUGAAGAGAUUCUCCAGUGCAUCCAAACAGGGUAAAAAGGAAUACAUAACAGAAGUGAAGACGAUAAGCAUGGUGAGACACAGGAACUUGGUGCAGCUCAUAGGAUGGUGCCACGAGCGGGGCGAGUUUCUGCUGGUUUACGAGUUCAUGCCCAACGGCAGCUUGGAUUAUCACCUGUUUGGGAAGAAGCACAAGCUUCUCGAGUGGGGUUCGAGAUACAGGAUAGCUGUUGGAUUAGCAUCCGCGUUGCUGUACCUGCACGAGGAGUGGGAGCAGUGUGUUCUCCACAGGGAUAUCAAGUCGAGCAAUAUUAUGCUCGACUCGGAGUUCAAUGUGAAGCUGGGGGACUUUGGGCUGGCACGGCUGAUGGCGCACGGGCUCGGGCACCAGACGACUGGUCUGGCAGGGACUCUCGGGUACCUUGCGCCAGAGUACGUGAGCACAGGCCGCGCAAGCAAGGAGUCGGACGUUUAUAGCUUCGGGAUCGUGCUGCUCGAAAUCGUGACGGGGAAAAAAUCGGUUCGUACGUUGGGUAGGGGUAAGAGUUUGUUGGAGUGGGUUUGGGAUUUUUAUGGGGAGGAGGGGAUUAUAUCGGCUGUGGAUGAGAAAUUAGGGAUGAAUUUGAAUGCGGAGCAGGCGGAGCGAUUGGUGACGGUGGGGUUAUGGUGUGCUCACCCGGACAGGACGUUGAGGCCGUCGAUAAGGCAGGCGGUUCGGGCUUUGAAUUUCGAGGCGGAUUUGCCGAGGCUCCCAAACAGAAUGCCGGUGGCGGUUUAUUGCGAGACGCCGAGCCAUUCGAUUAGCUCCGGGGAGGCUCUCAUUACGGUUACGAGUCUUGAGUCGGGUCGAUAA